GUUGGGAAGAUGGCGGCUGGGCUGUCGCGCUCUCCAGCGGGCUGAACCGGUCGGCGAGCUCCUGGCGCUUAGUCCGACGGAGAGGGUCGGCUGUCAUUGCCGCCAUCGCCACCAUGUCGGAGCCGGGCCAUUUGGGGGUGAAGCGGGCCGAAUCGGCGAGGCUGCGUCGGGCGGAGCAGCUGAAGCGCUGGAAAGGCUCCUUGACCGAACUGGAGCCGGUGACUCCCGCCCGGAGCCGGCACCGCGGCGGGGGCCGUGUGCGCUUCGAGGACGGCGCCGUCUUUCUGGCCGCCUGCUCCAGCGGGGACACCGAGGAGGUGAAGCGCCUGCUGGCCCGCGGAGCCCGCCUUAACACGGCCAACGUAGACGGGCUGACAGCGCUGCACCAGGCCUGUAUAGAUGAAAACCUGGACAUGGUAAAAUUUCUGGUAGAAUAUGGAGCCAAUGUAAAUCAGCAAGAUAACGAGGGGUGGACCCCACUUCAUGCAGUUGCAUCUUGUGGCUAUCUGAACAUAGCAGAGUACUUGAUAAAUCAUGGGGCCAAUGUUGCUGCUGUGAACAGCGAAGGUGAAGUCCCAUCUGACCUUGCAGAGGAAGCAGCCAUGAAAGAUUUGCUUUUGGAACAAGUAAAGAAACAGGGGGUGGAUCUUGAUCAGGCCAGAAAAGCAGAAGAACAACAGAUGUUGCAAGAUGCCCGACAGUGGCUCAACAGAAGGAAAAUUGAGGAGAGAAAGCACCCUCGAACAGGUGCUACUGCUCUCCAUGUGGCUGCAGCUAAAGGCUACUGCGAGGUGAUGAGACUCUUGAUCCAAGCUGGGUUUAAUGUAAAUGUUCAGGACAAUGAUGGAUGGACAUCACUUCAUGCUGCUGCACACUGGGGGGUGAAAGAAGCUUGCACUAUCUUGGCUGAAGCACUCUGUGAUAUGGACAUCAGGAACAAGCUGGGUCAAACACCAUUUGAUGUUGCUGAUGAGGGAUUGGUUGAACACUUAGAGAUGCUGCAGAAGAAACAGAAUAUGCUGCGUAGUGAAGAGUCGAACAAGUUAAUUGAAGCUGAUAUGAAUGGGAAAGUUCAAAGUGGACUUUUCAAAAACAAAGAGAAGAUUAUUUAUGAAGCAGACACUGUGAAAUCCUUAGAGACGGAAGAGGAGAGCAAGGAAUCCAGUAGUUCCAGCUCUGAGGAAGAGGAAGAAGCCGAGGAAGAUGAAGCUUCAGAGUCAGAUACUGAAAAGGAGGCAGAGAGCAAAGAAGAAUCUAUUGCUAACCAUUCCAAUCACGAAUCCAGAAUUCUCAUCACAGAACAAAUACCACCCCCAGAACAUAACACCUUUACUAUGGCUCCUGCUAGAAAAUGUAGUCCAUUGCUCAAUAAGCCUGAGGAACAAAAAGAUGAAUCACCAUCAUCAUGGAGGCUAAGCCUGCGGAAAACAAGCAGCCAAAAUGCACUUAGUGAAGACAGCAUGCCUUGUGACACUCUCAAAGAGAAAGGCAGCUCCAUCUAUUACUCUUCUUCAACCCCUCGGAUUUCUGCACUAUUAGAUAACCAAGAGAAGCAGGACAAGGACAACAAAACCUAUUUUGCUUCAAUAUCCCCUCGAAGGUUAAAUAAUACAGGUGACAUUGAAGAAAAGGAAAACCGAGAAUCUGCUGUUAACUUGGUACGGAGUGGUCCUUACUCUCGCCAACAAUGGAGGGAAGAACCAAAGGGAAAUGAAACCCCUACAGCUGGUGCACCUUCCACCUAUGUAUCUACCUAUAUGAAAAGAGCCCCUUACCGGCAACAAAGUGACUCUACCAUAGAGAGGAGCCCAGAGGCUGUCUCUUCUAGCAUUCCAUUAAGUGUAAUAACAAAUCUCACUGUACCUGGAAGUUCCAAUGGUGUUACAACUACUAAUUCUAACUCACUGACUGGAACAGAGUCCUCUACUGGUGAUGCCAGGGAUCGAAGAAGGUCAUAUCUGACACCUGUAAGAGAUGAAGAAGCAGAAUCUUUAAGGAAAGCACGAUCCAGGCAAGCUCGCCAGACUCGCAGGUCUACCCAGGGUAUAACACUUACAGACCUGCAGGAGGCGGAGAGAACUUUUAGCCGAUCUCGAGCAGAGCGGUUUACUCAGGAACAGCCAAGUGAAAAGUCAGACAGGCUAAGGGUUAGUGAGGGAAGCAGUGGAAGACAAGAAGAUACUGCCACAAGAGGAUCCAGGGAAGUCAACUUACCAUGGACUAGAAACUUGGAUGAAGAGUCUGCUGGUCGUCGAUUGAGAUGCCUAGCACAACAAGACAAACCUACAACUGCUGUCUCUCCUUCGUUAACUUCCAGUUUUUAUUCAAGUUCUCACGUGCCCAAAACAAGUAGAUUUGUACCUUCUGAUUCAUUGAGCUCAGCAGAUUACCAAAGCACAUCAGCUGGCAACAUGGAGAAAAAUGAAUACGAAGAUCAGGACCUGGAUGACAGAACUUCAAACAAGCAGUCAGUAAGAGAGAGAAGGCGGCCAAAAGAAAGACGGAGAGGCACAGGAAUCUCUUUCUUUACAAAGGAUGAUGAAGAAAUGGAUGGUACUGAAGAAGUAACGGAGGACAGGCAUGAAAGACUUUCCAGGUUGGACUCAGCAAGUUCUAGCUCUGGCACUAGUGAUACUUACAGUGAUCGGCCCUCAGGCCGCAGCAGUGCCUAUACCAGAAGAGAGAAUCGUCUGGCUGCUCUCAGCAGCAGAACAGAAGAUGAUAGUGUCAAGGAUUAUAAAAAGCUCUAUGAGAGUGCCCUGUCUGAAAAUCAGAAGUUGAAAUCUAAACUGCAAGAUGCCCAGGUGGAACUCGCAGAUAUUAAGUCAAAAAUGGACAAACUAACCCAGCAGAAGCAGGAGAAAACCUUAGAUCGUUCAAGUAUGCUUGAGAUGGAAAAAAGGGAAAAACGAGCCCUUGAACGGAAGCUUUCUGAAAUGGAAGAAGAGAUGAAGGUUUUGACAGAGCUGAAGUCGGACAAUCAACGGCUGAAAGAUGAGAAUGGAGCACUCAUCCGAGUCAUCAGUAAACUCUCAAAGUAGCAUACUGAACAAAGGAUGGGCAGAAAGAGGAGAUUUCUGCGCACAAGCUGCCAACCCUGCCACCUACUUCAGAUCUUCCAGUUGAAAGAACUGCUGGCAUUUUAGACAUGGACCAGUUGGCAACACACAGCUCCUUGCACUUGCUGGGCAUUGUUAUUUUGCACAGUGCUUAUCCCACCCCUUUCUUCCAAAACAUAGCAUGCCUCACCACAAGUUUAUUAUUUUUACAGUAUUGAAGUAAUUUAUUCAAAGGGACAAAGAUUGGUUGGCACUGUUUGAACUACUCAAACCAUCUGCUGUAAGCCCCAUAGCCAUCAACCUUAAUCUGAUGUAAAGAAGUAUCUACUGUAAUAAGUGAUAUAGAAGUGACUAUAGUGUCAAUCCAAUAUGUCUUAAGAUACUGUCAUGGAAUAGGAAUAGGGAGUGAAAUGGAAUUACUCUUCCUUCUGGAAUUUGGGAGUCUGCAGUCUGUGAAAACCAUGGUGACUUAUUUCUCUGGGAGUCUCAUAAUGGUGUCUUGCCUUGGAAAUACAUAUGCUACAUCUCUCAGUAUUUGACUGAUCUAUUUAAUGUUAGAUUUGAAAUCAGCUUAAUGUUGGGGCCCAGUCAUUGGUUUCCCCUUCUUUCCAUCCCUCUACAAGAUGCUUCCUACUGUUUCCUUUCAUGGUUGCCUUCUCUAGAACUAUUUAGUAGGUGAUUCCACCUUAUAGCCGUCCCAUUCUUUAGCUUACAUUACUGCCCCCUUUUCUUUCAAGAAUUCUGGUGGAAAGACAUCUAACAGCAAAGAUUGCAUAGGGUAGAUUUCCAUUUGUAUGAAAUAUCCAUGAAGGAUUAUCUCUGCACAAGACAUCAGCAUAUCUUUUUAUAAGCAAAAAGGUUCGUUUAUCAGUGAAGUAAUAAUAUUGCAUGAAAAGCUGGGCAAAUAAGUUGGAUUUAAGGUAAUGUUAAAUAGGCACAACAUUGUGAAAACACAAGAGUGUUCUCAGAGUCUAAAGUGGAAGAAGGCUGUUGGUGAGAGGUGCUCAGUCCUGUGCAAAAUGCUGUCUCUCAGUCUUGGUGGAAAGCCUUGACAAAAUUAUACUAUGAAUGUUUGAGAAGUUUAAUGCGAUGACUCACUUGCACAGUUGUAAACAUAAAUGCAUUUGUCUCUAAUAUAUCAACAGUAAGAUCAGUAGCAUUCACACCCUAGUUUCUGAUCACCCUGGAAAUGAAUGCAUUAACUUUUAUAGAUUCUCAGAAUGCCAGCUGCUUCAGAGACUGCGCUUCUCUGGCUACAACAGUGAGAUUUCACUUGCAGCACUUAAGAUUUUUUUUGCCAAUACCUGACCACUGGGUUUGUUCUCUUUCUUCCUGUGUCUUCCAAAGCAUGAUAUCAAUUUUUGAAGCUAUAAUUUUUGGCCUAGAUUUAGACAGUUUUCACAGUUGAUUAGAACAGAGCCUUUGGGAUUUAAGAAAAGCAACUUAACAUAGGUACAAGUGAGCAGUAGCACUACAGACUUUUUGCCAUCAUUGCUCAGUGGUCAAAAUACAUGACCAAGUCUAUUGUGGACUGCUGUAACAAAGAGGAGGCUAGCUUUCCUUUCUUUUUCAAUUUUUUCUUCUGUAUGUUUUUGUUUUAGCUGCAAAGAAAUGCAGAAUUCUGUUAAGAGCCAGGAGUUGCCACCUGUGAACUGGCUAAUUCAGAAAUUGGUUGUUCAAAUAUAUCAAAGCCUAAUACAGUGAACAGUAUAUUCACUAUGCUUAGAGCUUUGAAAUUUAGCUCUGAGGCUCUCAGCGACCCAUUGUUUUUCUCUGUCCCCACUUUUUGGAGCCUUGGAUGUUGUCCAGGUUUCAAGGUGGGUCUAACUAUACACGAUAGCUACAUACACUUCGUCAGUGCUAGGCAUUUUAUUAAUGAUUUUGCUUUUUGUUGCUACCUUACUACCCAACUUACAUCCGCCCAACUUAUUUUAGCCCCAUAGAGGAUUGUGGAUGGAUAUGAACAAAGGAUUUUUAGUUGGUCCUGUCAGACUCUACCAUAAACAGUCAUUAAUGGAAAAGAAUCAUUCUGUAAGAGCAAGAGUUCCUGCAUUCUACUAUUGUUAUUUUAUACCUGGGAUAUAGUAACAUAAAUCUCAGUUUUAAUAUCCAGAAAUGUAAGGGCAAAGAUGAAUAACGCAUACGAUGAAGAAUUGUGCCCUAGCUAGUCAAGAGUUAGAAUUAGAUCAGACUGAAUUCUGACUAGAAUUUUCUGAGCAGUUUAAUCCUGAAACAAUCCAAUAUGCUCACCAUAGAAUGUUUUGGGGGGUGGGGGGUGGAAACAUAUUAUUCCAUGGAGGUUGUUAAGAUGAAUGGCAACUGUCAGCAUCUUGACAGUUUAGGCCUAAAUAUAUUUUUCUUAUGUCUUCAAGGAUUUCAAACCUUCAAAUUGAUAAUAUGACCCCAUUUUUAUCCUGACACAAAAUGUUAGUCCAGUUCAGAAAGCUGAAAUAUGAACGUGACUUGUUCCUUCUCUCAAAGUAUGAUGAAAAAGGAAAUCUCUAAUGGAAGUUACUUAUUUCAUCUGAAUUAAACAAUGUAAUUACCAACUGGAGAACUGAUAUAUGGGUUAAUAUCUUACUCUAAAACUUACAUUUGAAAACCUUUUGAUUUGAAUGUGGGGUUGAAUGUGUGCACAAGCAAAAGAUCUAUUCAUAUUUAAAUCAAUUAUUUUAAGACUUUUAGUUGAUCAAGCAAACUUGCCUCAAGAAUUCAGGACUCUUUUUUGUUUUAAAGGAUAUCUACAAAGAAAAUAUUACUCUCCUCACUGUUUAUUGCUUUGACCCAGUUAAGUUUAGGUUUAGAUGGAUGUUCUGUUUUAAUUGUGCAGUCAGCUGAAAUCUUCUUUGCAUAAAUUGCAAAUGAUAGAGGAGAAUGGUUGAAAGUUUAGUCUGUGACAUGAAUGCUUUCAAGCUUGUGGAUACUAGAAGGUUUUUAUUUAAAAUGGGAAAUGAAUGGUUCUGCUUUUUUUCUUGUUCCUGAAAGGUUUCACCUACGAAUAUUUUCAUGUCUGAGAUUUUAAAAAUCCUUGUGCAAGUGCUUUAAGAAGCAUAAGAAGCAGCACAGCUUGAAUUUUGUUCCUUGCAAAUGGAGCAGUUCAGUGGGACUUGGUUGGUUAGACAAAGUUUCAUAUGAAACUAGAGGUACUAUUAUGUUAAAAAAAACUCAGUAUAGGAAAACAUGUAAAUAGGGAAGAAAUCUCAAUAGCCAUUUAGUGGUAGGUUGGCUUACAUUAAGAGAAGGCUGUCUUCCUAGUAAUACGGAUGAACCACUCAUAGAACAUGGAAAAGUGAGGGGAAAGCAUUUCAGAAGAUAGGGAUGUAUAGAUACAAGAGCAAGUAUAUAUGAGUACAUUUGUACUUAGUGACAGUUCAUGCUGUAGAGUGUGGCUUUAUUUGUUUCUGUCCAUACUGUUUUACUGUUAAUGGAAACAAUUCAUGGGUGAAAUCUGGAUGGUCAGGGAACAUUAGAUUAAUCUAAAUUGAUUGUUUUCCAGUACAUACGCACUUGAAUUUGACUAUUGGAAGCUAGUGCAGAGUCGUUGAUACCAUAUCACUUCUUUCUUUUCUCUCAAGGGCUGUUACAUGGACUAUUAUUAAUAAUUACCACAUAAAACAUUUAUUCCCAUAGAAUAAUUCAAAAGUAUAAGACUAACCAUGUUGCUGUUUGCUGAUAAAGCGUUGAAUAUAGAUUAAACACAAUCCCUUGGCUGUCCUUGAUAUAUAAAAGAUUUAAUAUUUGGUAUUUCGUAGGGCAAAAAUGAGAUACUUGUGGCUCUUCAAAUGUUCCUGAACUAUAAAUCACAGCAUCCCUCAUCACUGAACAUGAUGGUUGAGGCUUCUAAGAGUUACAGUUCAGUAACAUCAGGAGCCUUCACUUCCCCCAUUCCUGCUUUAGAGAAAAGUUGACAUUUGUCCCUAACUGAACGAUGCAAAUGUAAAAAAAAGUUAGGUAAAGUGUACUGUCCUGGGUCCAUCUAAUAAAUUCCCAACCCAUAAAUGUAUAAUUGUCAAAAGCAAAAUGUAGUCCUUUGCCCCAUUUAAGCCUGAUCCAUUGGGUCAUCAGUUUCUCCUUUGUACUUCCAAAUUACUAGGAGAUGAUAAUUAACCAAAACCUCCAAAAGAUUGUGAAAAGUUUGAGGAAGAGGGCACCAGUGUGCACCAGGAGGACUUCCACAGUGUAUAUGCAGGUGUCCCUCAACACAUUCUUUUCAAUUAUUUUAGUGCUUACCAGAACCUAAAAAUGAAGGUGUUUUGACAAGAUUUCUUGCAAGCAAAUCAGAUGUCCUCUCACAAAAAAUGUAUUGGUCUGUUUCCAUUCACAUACAUGCAUUUUUAUGAAGUCCCUCUGCUUUUGUACAACAGAUUUUGUUUUCCCCAUCUUGACUUUCCAGCUCCACUUGGCCUGCUGCCAUAAUAGCUGACCUGAUAGGGAAGCUUCUGACUUGGUCCUUCUUUCAGGGAUAUUAAACAUGGGAAGCAGAGGGUCUAUAUCUCAAAGGCAACUAUAAUAUCUUAGUUUCAAGCUUUCGGUUUCCCAGGGCUUUUUCUUUUGUGUGUUUCGAUCACAUUUACUUUUGUGUUUGAAAUCUUUUUGUGUGAUUCUACUAGAGGCAGCAUGUUCCAAGAAGGUGUUUUUUUGUUUUUUUUUUAAACCAAGAUUACUCCUUAGCAACUUACUGGUGAAAUCAUCCACUCCCCAAGGUUCCUUUUUACCUGGGGCAAGUUGAACUCUGGGUGAAUAUAACUUCGUAUGUUCUUGAGCCAACAGAAGAGUCCAAACUGUGUUAAGAUCUUAUCUUUCCAUUCCCAAAUCUGUUUAGCAUAUAGUACUGAGGAAAAUAAAAAGUCCUUACUGCAAAUGCUAUUCCUGAAAGAAGAACAGUAUCCUACUGUUGGCUCACUAACUUCCCAAGCGCAAAUAUUCUAAGUGUAUCUGUUUGGAUUUUUUUUUUUUUAAGUUUUACAUUCUUUGUAAAUAACUAAUUGGAGAAAAUACUGGCCUGUGAGUGAAGGAAGAGAAUGUAUUUUUAUGCAACUUUUUUGAGUGGCCUUCCAAAUUUUGAGAUGAUCUUUUGUUUUCCUGAUUGUUAUAUAAUAUUCUAAGUAUUAUAUGUUUGAAAGUUUGGGAAAAAUAUUCACAUCUACAAUGCUUGUAAACACAACAGUAUUUAUAAAUUAAUAAAAGAAAUGCUUUAACACUG